CAUGCGGCCCAGGGCAACGACCAUCUGCUCCCUGUUCUUCCUGCUACGGGUCCUGGCUGAGCCGGCUAAAAACUCGGACUUCUACCUGCCUGGGGAUUACCUCCUGGGUGGCCUCUUCACCCUCCAUGCCAACAUGAAGGGCAUUGUUCACCUUGACUUCCUGCAGGUGCCCAUGUGCAAGGAGUAUGAAACGAAGGUGAUGGGCUACAACCUCAUGCAGGCCAUGCGCUUUGCGGUGGAGGAGAUCAACAAUGACAGCAGCCUGCUGCCUGAUGUGCUGCUAGGCUAUGAGAUGGUGGAUGUGUGCUACAUCUCCAACAACGUCCAGCCGGUGCUCUACUUCCUGGCACAGGAUAACAACCUCCUUCCCAUCCAUGAGGACUACAGUAACUACAUGCCCCGUGUGGUGGCUGUCAUUGGCCCUGACAACUCCGACGCUGUCAUGACUGUGGCCAACUUCCUCUCCCUCUUUCUUCUUCCACAGAUCACCUAUAGUGCCAUCAGCGAUGGGCUGCGAGACAAGGUGCGCUUCCCGGCCUUGCUGCGCACCACACCCAGCGCCGACCACCACAUCGAGGCCAUGGUGCAGCUGAUGCUGCACUUCCGCUGGAACUGGAUCAUCGUGCUGGUGAGCAGCGACACCUAUGGCCGUGACAAUGGCCAGCUGCUUGGCAAUCGCCUGGCCCGGGGUGACAUCUGCAUCGCCUUCCAGGAGACACUGCCCACAAUGCAGCCCAACCAGAACAUGACGUCAGAGGAGCGCCAGCGCCUGGUGACCAUCGUGGACAAGCUGCAGCAGAGCACGGCACGCGUCGUGGUCGUGUUCUCACCCGACCUGACCCUGUACAACUUCUUCAAUGAGGUGCUGCGCCAGAACUUCACGGGUGCCGUGUGGAUCGCCUCUGAGUCCUGGGCCAUCGACCCGGUCCUGCACAACCUCACAGAGCUGCGCCACAUAGGCACCUUCCUGGGCAUCACCAUCCAGAGCGUGCCCAUCCCGGGCUUCAGUGAGUUCCGUGUGCGAGGCCCACAGGCUGGGCCGUCACCCCUCAGCAGGACCAGCCAGAGGUCUACCUGCAACCAAGAGUGUGACAACUGCCUGAAUGGCACCUUGUCCUUCAACACUGUUCUCAGGCUCUCUGGGGAGCGUGUCGUCUACAGCGUGUACUCUGCGGUCUAUGCCGUGGCCCACGCCCUGCACAGCCUCCUCGGCUGUGACCAUGGCACCUGUACCAAGAGGGAGGUCUACCCCUGGCAGCUGCUUGAGAAGAUCUGGAAGGUCAACUUCACUCUCCUGGACCACCAACUCUUCUUCGACCCGCAAGGGGACAUGGCUCUGCACUUGGAGAUUGUCCAGUGGCAAUGGGACCUGAGCCAGAAUCCCUUCCAGAGCGUUGCCUCCUACUACCCCCUGCAGCGACAGCUGAAGACAAUCCAAGACAUCUCCUGGCACACCAUCAACAACACGGUCCCUGUGUCCAUGUGUUCCAAGAGGUGCCAGUCGGGGCAAAAGAAGAAGCCCGUGGGCGUCCAUAUCUGCUGCUUCGAGUGCAUUGACUGCCUUCCCGGCACCUUCCUCAACCAGACUGAAGAUGAAUACGAAUGCCAGGCCUGCCCGAGUAACGAGUGGUCCCACCAGAGAGAGGCCUCCUGCUUCAAGCGGCAGCUGGCCUUCCUGGAAUGGCAUGAGGCACCCACCAUCGUUGUGGCCCUGCUGGCUGCCCUGGGCUUCCUCAGCACCCUGGCCAUCCUGGUGAUAUUCUGGAGGCACUUCCAGACGCCCAUGGUUCGCUCAGCUGGGGGCCCCAUGUGCUUCCUGAUGCUGACGCUGCUGUUGGUGGCAUACGUGGUGGUCCCGGUGUACGUGGGGCCGCCCAAGGUCUCCACCUGCCUCUGCCGCCAGGUCCUCUUUCCCCUCUGCUUCACCAUCUGCAUCUCUUGCAUCACCGUGCGCUCUUUCCAGAUCGUCUGUGUCUUCAAGAUGGCCAGCCGCUUCCCGCGCGCCUACAGCUACUGGGUCCGCUACCAGGGGCCCUACGUCUCUAUGGCGUUUAUCAUGGUACUCAAAAUGGUCACUAUGGUGAUUGGCAUACUGGCCACAGGCCUCAAUCCCACCACCCAUGUUGACCCCGAUGACCCCAAGAUCAUGAUCGUCUCCUGCAACCCCAACUACCGCAACAGCCUGCUCUUCAACACCAGCCUGGACCUGCUGCUCUCAGUGCUGGGUUUCAGCUUCGCCUACGUGGGCAAGGAACUGCCCACCAACUACAACGAGGCCAAGUUCAUCACCCUCAGCAUGACCUUCUAUUUCACCUCAUCCGUCUCCCUCUGCACCUUCAUGUCUGCCUACAACGGGGUGCUGGUCACCAUCAUGGACCUCUUGGUCACUGUGCUCAACCUCCUGGCCAUCAGCCUGGGCUACUUCGGCCCCAAGUGCUACAUGAUCCUCUUCUACCCGGAGCGCAACACGCCCGCCUACUUCAACAGCAUGAUCCAGGGCUACACCAUGAGGAGGGACUAG